AUGUUUAAUUCGUAUGUCUCCAAAAUUGAACCGAAAACAGUAAAUGUUGCUCUCGAUUAUUCUGAUUGGGUGCAAACUAUGCAAGACGAACUUCAUGAAUUUGAACGAAAUUGUGUUUGGAGGCUUAUUCCAACACCAAAGGAAGCAUGUGUAGUCGGUUUAAAAUGGGUUUUCAGGAACAAGUUAGAUAAAGAGGGUAACGUGAUUUGCAACAAAGCAAGGCAUGUGGUGAAAGGAUAUUGUCAGGAAGAAGGAAUAGAUGAUGAGGAAACCUUCUCUCCUGUAGCAAGGUUGGAAUCAGUAAGAAUUUUUCUGGCAUAUGCUGCACAUAAAUACUUUGAAGUUUUCUCAAUGGAUGUUAAAUGUGCUUUCUUAAAUUGA